AUGGGCAUUUGGAAUGCAAACACAAAUACUGGAAAUGUUAUCGGCUCUCUCCUUGCUGGUCUAUUUGUAAAUUGGCAGUGGGGAGCAUCUUUCAUCGUGCCAGGCGUUGUCCUUCUUCUUUCGUCCUACUUUGUGCUCAUUUUCCUUGUCGAUCAACCUUACGCGCACUUGCAACUCUCUUCCUACUCUUCGGAUACCACCCCAUCGGCAAGCCUCUUGGCCAAGGAAAAGCAGACACCGAGCUACUACACAGAUGUCAGGGUCAGUUUACAUCAUCGGCUUGCGGGCAUCUAUUUUCCCAGACUACAUUUUUCCCUGUUUUAACUACACUCACAUCAUUUGUCACUUUGUAUUUAUGCCGCGUGUACAGUUAACUGUGGCACUCGUUUUUAAUCACGACCUGUUCUUGGAUUUGCCUGUAUGUUUACAUUCUCUCUCUGUCGCUUGUCGCAUGACAAACGACAUUAUCCCCAAAUAGCUGUUUGGCUUCGAUUGGUGAGACCAGGCCCAAAACCCUGUCCCUACCAAUGCCGACUUUAUUGGACAUGUGCAAAUAUUUUUGCCUGAGCGAAGUCAUACAAGUCAGAUAAAUGGACUAGCAGUGGACUCAGCGUAGCGCUACACGUCAUUCUUACUGUACGCUCGCCCGUCCGUUCGUAACUUCCACUUAUCUUUCCAUCGCUUACCUUCCUCCAUUCCAAACAAGGUUUCCACUUGGUGAACCUUUCCCUUCAGAGUACGCUGACUGCUAUCGAGUUGUCGUCUGUGCACAUACAACAAGCUUGAGUAUUUUCGGGCGUGCUUGAAAGGUUUAUUUGCUUUAGCGAAGCAAUCAAGACCCUCCAUACUCUCCACCAUUGAAAGUGCCGUAAAUUCCUGCAGUACUUGUGAGUCUCGAAAUAUUUUUAUACUUCUAGAAGCUCUACCUAAUUUUGGUAAUAAAAAAGGUGUUCCCCCAAUACAUAUCCCGCCAACGCACCCGUUCUUUCUCCUUUUUCUCCCCUCUCUUCUAGUAGACCCUCAUCACGUGAUACAUAAAGUUCGUGAACUUUAGUCAAUGGGCAAAUUUUCUCCAUUUUCAAGGUUUUGCGUUUAUUUUAGACCCUAUCUGAGGUUCAUGAUGUGAAGGAACGGCCAAUCUCGUUUACCUCCGCACUCUGCCUACCGGUUUGUCCCUUCCAUUUUCACUACUUGUUAUAUGUUAUUAUGGACUGACUGACUUCUUGAACUAAACAUCAGUCCAGCUCACUGGUUUGGCGCCUGAACCACGGGCUCACCUGGGUCAGGCGGAGAUUUUUCCCUUUUGUCUGAAUCAUUUCACUGGCUGUUGGAUGUGGUCUGUAUAGCGCCCAACUUCGCUUUCCUUCAUACCGGGUUUGCAUGGACUUGACGCUAGUUUAACGGACUGUUAUAUUCCUUAUAACUACAUCGAUUGCAUAAGUCUGGCGAAACAUCUAGACCCGCGACCACGUUCUGCAUGUGAACUCAUAUAUGCGCUCAUCUGCCUAGUUUUCAGUUGUGGGGCAGUUACAAAAAAUAUUAGGGUUCUCUAUUUGUAUUCUGUCCUCUUCCUUUAUCGGCACGACCCACGGCACAUUUAUUUAGCCGGCGGCACUGUUUAUUUUGGAUAUUUCAAAUUCUGGAUUCCCCACUCAGUGCGCCUAGUCCUGUCAUACCAGCUGGUAACACAAACCUACCUGCUUCUGCCUUUCAGAACGUUUUGGCAUACGCCUUCACCCUCUUCUUCUCGAAACUUGUCUCCUACACCUUUCUGUAUUGGUUACCCAACUUUCUGGCCAGCAUCAGUGUCGAGAAGGUCUCCGCCGAACAGGCAGCCGUACUCUCGACUAUCUUUGACAUUGGUGGCAUUGUGGGCGGCGUGCUGGCGGGUUUUCUCAGCGACAAUGUCUCUGUGAGUAAAAUACAUUUGUAACUUCCUUUUUUAUAUCACACCUGAGUAAACUGGGAAAUAAACAAAAGGCCAGUGUUCAUUUCAUCCUCCGCAAGACGCUUUGCAUAAUAUACUUUUGAUUAUUUGUGCCGUCGCAACUGAACGCUCUCAGGGAGUUCGGAUGGGUUAAUUGCCGUCAGCCUCUCUGAUGCGCACGUUACUUUUGUUGCCAAUGUCCCCCCUCCCAAGCCAUAUUAUGAGACGUUGUUAUAACUUUGGUUAAGCACUAACUUAUUCCUCCAGCGCAGCUUAUUCAACAAGAGCAAGGAGGGAGAAAGAUUACACAAGGCUAGUCUGGGGUGCAAGCCUGGCUGUCCUGUCUGUCGACGUAGAAAUGAAUUUGUCAGGAAGUGCGCCGGCAUUUUGGCAGCUGAAGAGGGUUUAGACAAGACCAACCUAAAUGGAUUCUUGCUAUGAUUCUAAACAAAACUUCGAAACGGUACAUUUCUUUAGAGGGUCUUUUCUGUAGUACUCUCGACACGCUUUGGUGGUGGGCGGCCCUCUCGUAUACUCACCAUUAUACGUGUCUGACUACAAUAAAUCUCAAAUCUACCACCAUACGCCAAUCAAACUGAAAACGAUGGAGCAAAUACAGCUUUCACUUAAGGUCUGCAAGCCUAUUGAGCUGUUUUUACCGUCUCGAUCAGGUUUCCUUGCGACAGCCACUCUCAAUGCUACGGGAAGAAAUGAUAUAAAUCCCUCUGUCUUGGCGUCCACUGUAAAAUUCUGCUCCGGAAGAUUUCUAGUUUAUCCACUCCAGAAAGAUGUUCACGUAAGUUUGUUUACCCGCAUUACUGAAGGAAUCGUCCACGUCGUUGCUUUCAAAUGUAGAAUGAUCAUUGAAAACUCUGCAGUUUUCUCAUAAACUCCGCCCAGAGCUUGACUGUGAGAUGACUUCAGCGCUAUUUGGUUCGCAUUCUGUUUGCUUGGUCAUCAAACUGGGAUUUUAAUUUUACUACUGAUUUUGAUAGCAACUCGUUCAGCAUGCCGAUGGUUAUUGCUAUUUCCUGCCAAGGGUCAUGAAUAAACUCGCAUAGGUGAUCUAUCACUUCACUAGCAGAUACACCGAGUAACCAUUGUGAAACAUCUAGGUGGGAUAUGAUCACCCUGUUAGGGUUUAAGUGCGCCAUGCUGUCAGUGAAAUCGAUUACACCAUGACAAGUGUGCGGUAAUAAGUGCGACUGAGUUUAUUUCCCUUUACCUCCGAACUGUUACUGGGUCACGCGGGACAGAGGGUUCUUUGCCUUGCCUCGAAAAGCGAUCUCGGGCUUUUAUGAAAUCGUGCAAGUGAAGGUGUCACUGCUGUGAAUGUCGGACCUUUGAACUUCCUCACUGUCAUGAAAUCGCCUGCAUUCAGCCUUCCUAUGUAGCCGCCCGCACCUGAUAGGGUCGAGUUUGUUUUUAACAUAUAGUCCCUUCGGUCCGCGAACGCCGUUUUUCUAAACUUAUCCGCCCAUUAGCCGUGCCUUGUUUAGAGCCGUCUUUAAUUAUCUGUAGCAACAGCUUGCCAGCCUCGUUGGCCCUGUCUGUGGACGCAUUUUGUGGAGGCAACUUUUGACCAGAAUUUUAAUUCCACUGACUUUUUAAUGUUGGUUGACCUACUCCUUGCGGGCACAAAGAUUUAUACUCAAGAACCAUUGUCUCGAUUUGCGUUUGAGCAGACUUAACCGGCAAUUAACUCUGUCUGUGCCAAGCUGAGUCUCUUGGCCGGUCUCCUUGUGACCUCGUGCACCCAGUCGAAAACCAAGACCGCGUCCUUAUACGGUCACAGACGGCCAGCGAAAACUUGUCAUCGCGUUAGUUCUAGGGCCUUCACUCAUUUCUUCUCUUCAGCGCCCCGGUAGACACUUUCUGCAUUCAGUGGGCCAGCGUAAGCCUUUUGCCGUAAUACUGGCGCAAUUUCUCUGUGAAGGCCUAAAAUACUGGCUAGGACCUCAGUCUCACUUGGCGGUUUUGACCGCCAUCUCAUGCAGCAAAUUAAUCUACAUGCGCCCACUGCGUGCUUUCAGCACUGUUGUAUUUUCGGGCUGUGUUGGCUGCUUGAAACCUCGCAGUUACAAUUUGAUUUGACUGUCUAGUUGCUAAACUAUCUGUGGCCUAAGCAUACGUAUGUGCAGUCUUGCUUCUCAAGACAAAAUCAAUGCUGUUCUGUUGAAUGAUGGAUGUCUUCAGUGGGCCUUGCUAGAAGACGCUAAAAGAAUUGUUUUUUUUUUCUAUUGAAAUUCUAGAAUCGUACUUCGGAAUAG